GUAGCACACGGAUACAGUUCACAACUGUCAUGAUUCAGAAUGUCAGUGAAAAGUCACAUGGAUUAAGAUUUUUAAUUUAAUUCAGUUAUUUUUAUACGCUAUGUGAGGCAAAUUGUAUAGGUGUUUGUAUUCUGUAGACCGACUUAGGUAUAAGAUUAAGGUAAGGAGAGAAAAACAAAGGUGACCGUCAGUCGCGUACACUAUGAAGACAUAAACAAAACAUACACAAUUAUGUGACAGCUCUGAGAAGUGUCUUUUUAUUUGUUAAAGACAACAGAAUAAAUUUAGCCAGAGACACCACGACCUCGCAUACAGGACGAUGGCAAACAAACACAGAUUAUUUUUUCUUAGAUCAGCCCAGCAGUCGUUAGCAUGGGCUCAUAACUUCUCCAGAAACUGCUCUACUUACUUAUCAGGUCAAAGCAGCUUGAGAAGCCACACAUGUGGAGAAUUGUGUUCGAGUCAUAUAGAUGAAGAGGUUACUUUAUGUGGCUGGAUUCAGUACUUGAGGCAAGAUCUUUUUGUGAUCUUGAGAGACUUCAGUGGAUUGGUGCAAAUUCUUAUCCCACAGGAUGAGUCCAAAUCUGAAUUGAAGAAUGCUUUUCUUGGUCUCACUGUGGAGUCCGUCAUCAUGGUUAAAGGAAGGGUCAGGCGUAGACCAGAGGGACAGGAGAAUAAGAAAAUGUCCACAGGAGAAAUUGAGGUCUGUGCUGAGAGCAUGGAGGUGUUGAAUACCUGCCGAAAGCUGCCAUUUGAAAUUAAAGAAUUUGUCAAA